CAUGGCCGAUUGUAUUUGUAGUUCAAAUGACUUGUGCAAAUAGUCCGAACGCCGGGCCGGGAAAUGUCGAUGUGAAAGAAGGCAAAAAUAAACCACAGACGGAGAAAUAUUAAUAAUGCCGCUCCAAAUGCAGACCAUUGUGGCCCUGAACGCAGUGGAGCCCAUGCAAGUGGACGCUCCCCCCGAAGACAACGACAACAAUGAGGAGGAGAGCUACAUUGUUGAGAAUCCCUCCCUUGAUCUGGAAGUCUACGCCAACAGCUACUCGGGCUUGGCCAAGCUCUACCGCCUCAUUUUCAUCAUAGACCACUGUCCCUCUCUGCGUCUGGAAGCCCUAAAAAUGGCCAUUUCGUACGUAAUGACCACCUACAACGUGAACUUGUACCAAGUGCUCCACCAGAAGCUGGCCGAAGUGACGACACAAAUGAGCGUGCCAGACGUGGCCGCCACUUCCACCUCCCAAGACAUCCCAGUUAUAGACAACCUCUGGAUGGAAACCCGCUCGAAAAAGGCCGCCCUUAAGCUGGAGAAACUCGACAAUGACUUGAAGAGCUACAAGUCCAACUCGAUCAAGGAGAGCAUCAGGCGGGGUCACGACGACCUAGGGGAGCACUAUCUAGACUGUGGCGAUUUGUCCAACGCUUUGAAAUGCUUUUCCCGGGCGAGAGACUACUGCACUAGCGGCAAACACGUGGUCAACAUGUGCCUCAACGUUAUCAAAGUUUCGGUUUAUUUGCAAAACUGGUCGCACGUCCUGAGUUAUGUUUCAAAGGCUGAGAGCACUCCCGACUUCACCGAAGCCCAGACGAAAGACUCGAACCAGGUCAUUGUGACCAAGCUGAAAUGCGCCGCAGGUUUGGCCGAACUUGCUACAAAAAAAUACAAAUCUGCAGCCAAACACUUCCUGCAAGCCAAUCUAGACCACUGUGACUUUCCUGAGCUGCUUUCGCCAAAUAAUGUCGCUAUGUAUGGCGGGUUGUGCGCUUUGGCCACGUUUGAUCGGCACGAGUUGCAAAAAAACGUGAUUUUUAGUAGUUCGUUUAAGUUGUUUCUGGAGUUGGAACCGCAACUGCGCGACAUUAUUUUCAAAUUCUACGAGUCAAAAUACGCGUCUUGUUUGAAGUUGCUUGAUGAGAUUAAGGACAACUUGCUCUUGGACAUGUACAUCGCUCCGCAUAUCAAUACUUUGUACACACAAAUACGAAACCGCGCUUUGAUCCAGUAUUUCAGUCCAUACUUGUCCGCGGAUAUGCAUAAGAUGGCCAUUGCAUUCAAUCGAACCGUGCCAGCGCUGGAGGACGAGCUGAUGCAGCUGAUUCUGGAUGGGCAGAUCCAGGCCAGGAUCGAUUCGCAUAAUAAAAUUCUGUUUGCGAAGGACGUUGACCAAAGAAGUACGACGUUUGAGAGGAGUUUGUUGAUGGGGAAGGAGUACCAGAGGAGGACUAGGAUGUUGAUUUUGCGAGCGGCGGUUCUAAAAAGCAAGAUACAUGUGAAGAGCCCGCAAAGGGACACGUCUGGCCAGAGUGGGGAAGUGACAGUGGCGCCAGGCACUAGUAGCGUUUUGUCGGCGCGAAAUUGAACUACUUGCUGAUAGUUAUUUUCUGUGAACUUGUAUUAAAUUUAUUUUCCUUUUCCAUGUA